CUCUGGGGGGACAGGACAGGGCCGGCCCCGGGCAGCCAGACCAGCCCGGGCGCCUGUGCAGCGCCGUGUCCGCCGGCCCCGGGGGCGCCGAGGGCCGCAUGUGGCCCGAGCUGGCCCUGCGGGGUCUGCGGGAAGCAGGGCUGGGCCGUGAGCCUGGCCCCUGGGGCCGGUGGGCUCCGGCUCGCAAGGCUAACGCGCGUCUUUCUCCCCAGGGGCAGCCGCCUCACGGACAUCUCCAUCUGCCGGGAGAUGCCCAGCCUGGAAGUGGUCACGCUCAGAGGCCUGGCUGUCCAUCGCGCAGCUGGGAGCACGGAGUGGGGAGUGGCCAUGGGCUCCUGUCUGCGCUGACCGUGGCCCUGCGCAGCAGCUGGAGUCAGCGUCAACGCCGUGUCCACGCUGGAGCCCGUGAGCGGCUGCCGGCGGCUGAGCGAGCUGUACGUGCGCGGGAACCGCAUCGGCAGCCUGGCCGAGCUGGCCCACCUGCAGGGCCUGCCCCGCCUGCGCGUGCUCUGGCUGGCCGGGAACCCCUGCUGCGGCGCCGACCCCCGAACCCCUGCGCCGCGCAGGAGCUGGGGCCGAAGCCACAGUACCCCGUGACCGAGGAGGAGCUGUCCCGGGCCCUGAUGGAAGGCGAGGACGUCACGGCCCCCCGCAGAGAGGCCCCGGAGCUGGCCUACGCCCUGAGCACGCUGGACACCACGGCUGAGUCCCAAGGGGACCUGCUGACGCUCGGCGAGGCGAGCGCCCUGGUGGGUGCCCGCCGAGCCCUGCGCUCAGGCUGGGCGCCCGAGGCCGGACCGGGGGCGCAACACGGUGCCUUCAGCGACCGCACGGUGCUGGACGCUCAGCCCCGCACACUGCAGGACGCCACCAGGGUCUGCCCGGGCCUGGCGGGGGAGGCCGGGCAGCAGGCUGGCUCAGAGCGGGGCCCCCGGGCCCUGACCCGACCUGGGGCCUGCUGA